AGAACGCGGCGCGUGCUUCCUAGAUGCUCCAGAUACUUAAUGCGCGUAGUUCUAACCUAUGCGACCAUUGGCCGCUUCGAUAUUAAAGAAAAAAGACAGUACGUCGCUAAUAGCGACUCGAGGCGCGUUAAAAUUUUAACGAGCGAUUUUCGUUCCCCGGAAUGUAUUUUACGGAGUCUAUAAUGCGCCUGAGCCACACGUGUGAAAACUGGUACGUGUGAAAGCUGACAGACCGACAUUCGUUACAACUUGCAUUUUGACUACGAAAUCACUUCGCAAGAGAUUGUACACGUAAACGAUCCAAGAUAAUUACGUCUUCUCUUACAGCUGUCGUAUUCCCGAGGAAGUCUAUUGGCGCUAGUAUGAGAACGAAGAUGAGAGAUUACUUGUAAGAACGCGUCGAAGAGGUUUCCACAAACAAUUGUCAAAAUGAAAUACGACACGUGCCGCCUGUGCGGCAUCAAGUCCGAAUUUGAGUAUUUGAGGCAUAUAUUCGAUGAAGUGACCAAUGUGGCGCAGAUGAUAAACGAGACUUUGCCAAUUAAGGUCUCGCAAGACGAUCGCUCGAAAUCUAUAUGUUUGGACUGUUACAACAAGGUGGUCAGUCAUUAUGAUUUCAUUCAAAGUAUACUGGCGUGCUCGAAGGAGAGCGAGACAGAGACCGUCUCUUUCCUCGAAGUCAACAGGAACGAGAGAUUGCAGAACGUGGUAAUUUCCAAGAUGCACAGCGACAUGAUAUACACCUGUCCGAGUUGCCACAAAGACCUGAUACUCUUACUGACGAGCAAUUCAGAAGGCAGCGACGCGUUUGAAAUUUCACUGGCCGCCGUGGACAAACUGGAGAAGCUGGCGGGAGAAAAGGGUCAGGUGCCUAGAGACAUAGUGGAGCUCGCCAGUGUCUGCGCGCAGAAAUCAAAUACGGAAAGCGAUGGAUGCGAAUUGAAUUUCGAUGUCGUCGACAACAGACAGAAUGUCAAUGGAUUGCACAGCAGCUCGCAAAAUGACACCAACUAUGCAGACCCGUACGAGUCGAAGAAGGGCAAAAAGAGGAAGUUUCAGAGAAACGUUUCUACCAAAGUAUCUGUUAGUCCUGCCAAGCUGCGAAAAUUAGAGGCAAGAUUGGGUGUAACGGAGCAGGACGCCGACGAAUUGAACAGCGAUUGCGACAGAUCGAGCGUGACUGACUCGACGACAUUCCAGACGAUGAGCAACGGCAUAGAAUAUCUCGACGAGAAGAUAGGUAAUGAGGAGAACGAUGUGGAAUAUACGGUGGAGAGAGACAAGAAUUUUACCAAGUUGGAGACAUCGGGGACAAAUUUAGACGUCAAGGAGCAAGAUGAAUUGAGCAGCGAUUACGACAGGUCCAGUGUGGCUGGCUUGAUAACGAUCGAAUCGGGACACAAUGUCGCGGCGUACGGUGACGUGGAGGCUGACGUGGAAGGAGAAUGCAGGGACGGUGCGAAUGGCGCCGAUAAUCCAAACAGUCGCGUAAAACCGGUGUGCAACUUGUGCGGAGCCCGUUACAUCUCGCAGACCAAGUACAAGUUUCACAUGGAGAGGCACAGGUUGAACAAGAUGGAUAAAUUUGUUUGUUGGAUAUGCGACAAAGAGACGAGGAAUGAGAGCUUGCUGUGGGAUCACUACAGCCACGUGCACGAGAGCCCGGUGCGGUACGUUUGCGCGGACUGCGACAGGGCGUUCGCGAAGAAGCCGACUUUGAAGGAGCAUCAGAGGAAACACGGGCACUCGGGUUACAAAGAGACGCCGAGCGUCGACGCGGACAAGGAUAGCAAUCAGAAGGCUACGAGGCAGAGACGAAAGUGCACCGUCUGCAAGAAAGCGAUAAAGCACGUGGAUCCCAAUGCCGUCAACGAUCCGGCGAUGUGCGCCUUCUGCGAGGACGCGAGCGCGAGUCCGACAGUCGACGGGGAAGCGAAUACGAAGGCGAUAGCGCAGCGACAGUACCACUGCUUCAAGUGCCGCAAGCACUUUAUGCGCCGGGAGAGGCUCGAGUUCCACGAGAUGCGGCACAACGAGAACAUGGACGAGUUCGUCUGCAGCACGUGCGGCAAGGACUUCAGCGGUGAGAACUCGCUGUACGAGCACUACCUGUUCGUGCACAAGGGGGCGAGGCCGCACAUCUGCGAGGUGUGCGGCAAGUCGUUUCAGCUAAAGACGCGACUGCGGGAGCACCAGCGGAAGCACACGGGCGAGAAGCCGUAUCAGUGCGAGAUAUGCGGCCUGCGCUGCAUGACCACGCACUCGCUCAAGUUCCACAAGAAGUCGCACGUACCCACCCGCCACACCUGCGAGAUAUGCGGCAAGGCGUUCAUCAAGAAGCAGAAUCUCAACGAGCACCUGGAGAAGCACUGGAAGAAGGACAAGAACAUAUCGCUCCCGCGUAUAUUCACGUGCCCCGUGUGCCGCAGCGAUCUGCCGACCUACCGCAUGCUGAAGCACCACAUGACCGGGACCCAUCAGCUGGACCGCCAGGACCCCCUGAUACUCAAUCAGAAACCGCUGUACGAGUGUAACGAGUGCCAGGAGAAGUUCAGCCAUCAAAUGUCGCUCAAGGCGCACAAGGAGAAGGUGCACGAGGGUAGGAUUAUGCCGCGUGUCUUCCAGUGCGACAUAUGCAAGACCGAGUUCAAGAUCAAGCAGAUGCUCAUCAAUCACAUCAAGAGCAAGCACAGCAGCGAGAAGCGGUACAAGUGCGCGCAGUGCAACGUCAUGUUCGCGGACAUGAAAACCCUCUACCAUCACGUGUUGCUGCACGGAAAGCUGUACACCUGCGAGUACUGCAACAAGAGCUUCAGGCAGAAAGACGUCAGGGACGUUCAUUGCCGCAUUCACACGAGCGACCGGCCCUACCAGUGCGCGGAUUGCGACAUGACGUUCGCCAGCUACGGCAGCCGCUCGAACCACCGCAAGAAGGCGCACGGGGACAACGAGACCGAGUGCCCGGAAUGCGGGGAGAAGUGCGGCGACACGCAGGAAAUCAGAAUUCACUUGAACGCGCAUCUCGGCGAGAAAUUAAACAAAUUGGAAUCCACGUAAUGCCGCGGAGAUGACGCAGUUAGAUGUACGGGACGUAAGAGCGCUCGCGGAAAUGUAUCAGAUGAAAUAAUAUAUCGAUGUUGUGCAUUAUUUCAUACGUAUAAUAUAUGCACGAAGCAAUUUUUACAAUUCUAGAUCGUACACUGAGAAAAAGGGUGUUGAAUCAAGAAAAUAUUUCUUAAUUCAACUAUAUGCUGCGGUCACGGGCUGUCAAACAAAUAUUUGUUAAUUUAAAAAAAUAUAUAUAUAUGUUUGAAUUAAAGAAAUACUGGCAAUUAAACAUUUAGUAAUAUCAACAACUUUUUUUCUCAGUGCAAGUGCAAUCUAUUAAAUGGACAUGACUUCUAUAACGAAAAUAGUUUGCGUUUAUACAUAUUAUACAUAAAUGGCGCACGAUUUUCGUAUAAUAUGAUACUUGGUUAUAAUGCUUUUAUACAUACAUUCAUCACUGUGUUAAUGUUAAUGGUUUUAGAUUGUACGUUCCCAUUGUAAUAUCUGUCACUGUACGUUAUACGAAUAAGUAUGUUAUUUUCUAGCUAUGCAAGUGUAAAAUAUAUUUGUGUGAGAAUAUCCAUAA